AAAAGGAAAGAAAAGAAAAAUACCGAGGGAAGAGAAAAUGGGUACGAAUGUGUUUGAAAAAGGAAGCUACUUGGUGGAAAGUUUAAGUGUGAAAAGUUCAGAAUCAAAGCCAAUUUUGAUUGUGACGCCGACAGAGGAAGGAGAGUAUCCAGUUUUGCUUUUCUUCCAUGGCUUCUUAAUCACUGACUCUGCUUAUUCUAAGCUACUCCACCUUAUCUCUUCCCAUGGCUACAUUCUUGUGGCUCCCCAGUUGAGCACAAGCAUAUUCACAAGCGGAAACGAGGAAGUAAAAUCCGCAGCCGGCAUAACAAACUGGCUAGUCUCCAGCCUCGGCACCAUCCUCAGUUCAAACAACUUCAAAUCAGUGCCUAACCUAAACAAAGUAGCCCUGGCCGGCCAUAGUCGAGGCGGUAGGAACGCAUUCGCCCUUGCUCUAGGCUAUGGAGGCAGCUUAACUCUAAAGUUCUCCGUCCUAAUUGGAAUAGACCCCGUAGCAGGGUUAAGUAAGUGCCUCCAAAUGGAACCAAAGAUCCUCACCUACAAUCCUAAAUCCUUCAAUAUCGGGAUUCCUGUUGCUGUUCUUGGGACGGGUCUAGGAAUAGAGUCUAAAUGUUGUGGUCUUAUGCCAGCAUGUGCGCCUGAAGGAGUGAACCAUGAUGAAUUCUUCGAUGAGUGUAAGCCACCGCGUUGGCAUUUCUUGGUCAAGGACUUUGGACAUAUGGAUAUGUUGGAUGAUAGUUCGAAGAAACUAUCUAGUUGUAUUUGCAAAAGCAAUGGAGGGGAUUGGGAACCAUUUAGGAAGUGUUUGGCUGGGAUCUUGGUUGCUAUAAUGAGGGCGUGUUUGGAUGAUGUUAAAGAGGAUAUUCAAGUUAUUGUUAAUAAUCCCUCUGUUUCUCCAACACCAAUUGAUGUGCAAUAUGAGGAAGAAUAGAAUUUAAAUAAUUCAUGGAGGUUCAUUAUUUGUUAUUUGUUGUAUUGUUCAAGUACUUUGAUUAUGUUACUUUUUUAUCUAAUGUCAAUUUGUGGAGUGUCUCAUGCCUUGUAAGUCAAUAAACCUUGUAUAUUUUGUCAUGAA